AUGAUGCAUCACAUCAGGCUGCAAACUCUCGCAGUCCUCUCCCUCGCCGCGGCGGCAUACGGCGAAACGUGCUACUUCCCCGAUGGCUCCGUCGACGUCGGCGGCAUCCCGUGCCCCCGGGUCGGCGCCAACGAGGUGGUCGCGUGCUGCCGCCAGUCGAGCCACUACUGCCUCACCAACGGCCUCUGCAUAGAACCCAACGCGUGGACGAUGUACCGCAACUCCUGCACCGACAAGAACUUCCGCGCGAGCGGAUGUCCCACCGUCUGCCACCAAACCGCGCUGGGCAGCCACACCGGCGUCAAUUACUGCCUGGACGGCGCCACCUGGACGUGUCUAAGCCGGAAGAAUUGCGAGCAGGGCAACUUCACGAUGCCGAAACCGAGGGGCAAGAUCAUGAUCAACGCUGCCGCGGAGUCCGACAUGGGCAUCGCGGCCGUGACUACGAAUGUCGGGGCUAGCGGUACCUCGAUCGCGGUGUGUUCGUCGGCCGCGGGGGACUCUUCUGACGGGAGCAUCUCGGUGGGCGCGGCGGCUGGGAUCGGAGUCGGGGUCGGGGUCCCGUUGGCGAUCGCCGUGGGAGCGCUCACGAUUCUGCUUCUGCGGGAGAAGAGGAAGACGCGGGCGGCGAGUGUUGCGCCUGAUCGACGAAGCCAGGGUAAUGGCGGAUCGGUCGCUUCGCAGGCGUGGGCCAAGCAGGAAUACACGGGAGGGUUUCUGCAAACGCCCCAGUCGACGGGGUAUGGACAUCAGGCCCCGGCGACGAUGGAGUUGCCUCCGGAUUCUACUGUGAGACAUGAGCUUCCUCAGUGA